AGCAGAACGGGUCGUGGGCAUUUUUUGUGUAAAUCUAGACAGUAAUGCCGCGCCAAUAAUUCACGGUGCCUCGUAAAAAAUUGUGGACUUAAAAAGCGGGCUUACAAAUCACCGGCGCCAAAUUAUGAGUUCGCUUGACUUCGCCAGUGCGUUAUUUUCCAAAUACCAGCUAGCCACCACGAGCUGCUCCUCUAUCGUCGCAGAUCCGUCAACUUCUGCUUUCCUGACUUCCCCUACUGGUCCUGCUGAUUCGUCUUCGUGCGCCUUCGUGUCGAGCGGGCAUCACCCCCCUGCCUCUGCUGGGAGAGGCGGCCCUUUCCCUCACUCUACCAUUUCUUCAUCUCCUUCCUCCUCCUCCAUACCCUCCUAUUCUUCCUCGUCGCUCUUUUGGACUCUUUCGGGACAGAACCGAGACGGCGCGAUUGCACAGCCCAGCGCGCAUCCGUCCAACCUCGCCGAGGAACGCGCAGCACAGCCACCGAGUUUCUCCACUCGGGGAUGCACCGCGGAGCGGUUCCCGGGUUGGCCUCAGCUCUGUCGGCCGGCCGAGCUCUCUGAGCCUGCCUGCAGGAGGCAGAGUUCCCCGGAGCAGCAGCAGCCGCGGCGGCAGUUGAACGAGGAGGAGCCACGGAUUUACCCUUGGAUGAGAAGCUCAGGUACCGACAGAAGACGCGGGAGGCAGACGUACACGCGUCACCAGACGCUCGAGCUCGAGAAGGAAUUCCACUACAGCCGGUACCUCACGCGGCGGCGGCGGGUGGAGGUGGCGCACGCGCUCUGCCUCACGGAGCGGCAGAUCAAGAUCUGGUUCCAGAACCGGCGGAUGAAGUGGAAGAAGGAGAACCGGGGGACGGACGGCGGCUCCUUGACGGCCGCAUUACAGACGACUGGAGAUGAGGAGGGAGAUGAGGAGGAGGAGGAGGUAGAGGAGGAGGAGGAAUAAGACUGAUUUAUUCUACCGGACACUUUUUUUCCUCAGCCUGAUGUCCACGCCGAGUCACCAUGCGUGGAUAUGUUUAGUGGAACAUCAGAUUCAUUCAUCAUCUCUAAUGUGCUUUAAUGUGCAUUAAGGUUUUCUGUGAUCCAACACCACUCUGAACCAUGUUGUGGGUUACAAAACGUCACUUUCAUGUGAUGAGCUGUAUUUACCACUCAGUAAUUCUGUUGUCGCUAUUGUGGUUCUAAUGUUUUUUGUGGAAGAUUCUUUCUCCCAUGCAGUUGUGUUCCUUUUCCUUUUUUAUAGUUUAUGACCUAUAUUUGGGACUCGGUGUCAUUGCUAAAGAUACGUUUGCAUGUCUGCUGCCAGUUUGAGCCAUGGACGAAUAUGGUGUAAUCAGCAACUGACUUAGUAUUAAUUAUCUGUACUUGCACCUAUUUUUCAUAAAAUAAAACGUAU